AUGCUAGAUAAAACCGCACUACGAGGGUGUCACCGUUGGACGCUACUUCGGGUAUUGUUAUUUGCUACGGUGCUGAGUACGGUUCUACCAUGGCCUAUUAGUGGUGCUUCUGCCCUGCCGUACGGUAAUGCUGGUAUCGAGUUGGACGAGGAGAAUGAUGCCAUCUCACUCACCGCUUGUUACGUGGAGGAUCUACGCAAUAUUCGGGAGCAUAAUCAGAACCCGCUGGUGAUAGAGAUCAACCACUGCUACCUGCAGGAGCUCCCGAACGCAAUCUUCAUACGGUUCAAUGAUCUCAAGACGUUGGACAUCUGUGACAGUCGUGUGAACAACUUGCAGGACUUUGCCCUUAAUGGGCUACGAAACAUCGAGUCGUUGAAUCUAUCGCGCAACAAUCUCACCACGAUAAAGUCAUGGAGUGAUCAUAACCUAGACACACUGCAAGUGCUCGAUCUUAGACGAAAUCUCAUACGCUCGAUCGAUGAAUUCUCCUUCCAUCGCUACCCAGCUUUGGUUAAGCUAAAUCUGGCAGUUAACCUUAUCGUCAGCAUUCCCGAAGGUACUUUCAAACCGAUCGCGAACCUAAAGAAUCUCAAUCUCGGCAAAAACUUGCUCACUACCAUUGCUGAAGGUACACUCCGUGGACUCAACAAAUUGACGCACGUAGCGUUUCACCACAAUCGCAUUCGGACGAUCCAUCCGUUUGCAUUUGUUGGCAACAGUCAUCUGAAGGUGUUGCAGCUCCAGGGAAAUCAACUAGAAGCGUUUGAACCGGAACUUUUUGGGAAUCUUCCACGACUCACCUUCCUGAACGCUAGUAGCAACGAGCUUGAGACGAUUGGUAACUUAAGCUUUAAGAAUAAUGGUGAUCUACGGUUGCUUGAUCUAAGCUAUAACCGAAUCGGCCAUCUGGAGGACAGCAGUUUCAAGGGGUUAUACGAACUGGAGGCGCUCAACAUCAGUCACAAUCAGCUGGAAGUGGUGAGCAAAUAUGUACUGAAGGAUUGCGCUAAUCUGCGGGACCUCGAUCUCUCCGGGAACAAGCUGUCCCACGUCGAUCUGAAACUGUCCAGCUCAACACCCCGACUGGCGCGACUCAACCUGUCGAGCAACUCCAUCAGUGACGUUGAGCACGACGCGUUCGAGGAUCUGCCGAAGCUAAGCACGCUCGACGUAGCACACAAUCAGCUGACCGAUGAUUCUUUCCUAUGGCCUUUGAUGAAUCUCAGCGUGCUUAACAUGAGCCAGAAUGGAUUCCGCAAAAUCAACGCGUCGUUGCUGGAAAGUUUCGCGCUUGCCGAGCUCUACGACAACCCUUGGGACUGUCGUUUCCUCGUGCAGGAGCUCGUGCACCACAGCAGCAACGUGAUUUACGGCAAAAACUACCUUGUCGAGGAUACGGGCCGUAUUCUUACUGCGACCGGUAUCGAGUGUACGGACGAGCGUGGAAAACAUCGUGACAUUGUAGUCGUGGAGCCACCACAGAAACCUACCGACAGCGAAUUGGAAUUUCAACGGUACAAGUUCUUCCACGAAGGCCACGUCGAUACACGGCCCAUACAGGACAACUUUGACACAAAAUCCACCGUCAUUUGGUUGAUGUCCGGUGCGAUAGCUGUGUUCGGCGCGUUCAAGCUGAUACAGAUGCUGCUGCGACACUCGGAACAUCAGAGCGAAAAGUGGCGACUUGCUCAGCAUCUCGAGUACAGCAUGCCGGACGAUCGGGAUAUCGCCAUCAGCAAAGCGCUGGAAACGAAGUGUACGGACGACAAAUGAGUGUACGAUGGAAUGAAAUAAUUAUUGACGGAAGGCAAGGAGCCGGCCAAUCGGGAAACCAUAGCGAGGCCGGACAAACAAAAUGAAAAUUAUGUCCUCGCUUCGAAGCUAAUUAAAGUGCUGUCGCUUCCCAUC